UGGAGCGCAGAUACUUCUUCGCUGCGUUGCCGUUGCCGUCACCAUGGCUGCAGAGGACGCGAGGUGACAUCACUGUGGAGGAGCAUAAUAAUUGUAUGCACAGAAAUGGCAAAAAUGUAUCAUAAAGAGAAGAGCAUUCAGAUCAAGAGCAGCGCGUCUGCCCUCUACAACAACCUCAGCGUCCUGCGAAUUGCCCCCCGCUGCCUCACCUAUUUCACAGUGGUCCAUGCCAACGUGGUCAACAUGGUCAGCGCCUCCUGGGAUGGACUGAACUACUCACAUCGACAGCUGCAGUCCAAAGAGGGCAACGUGGCCACCAGCUCCUCACUCAUCAUGCAGGCUGCAUGGUGUGUCCUACCAUCCAGAGACCUUCUUGUUCUCACGUCUCAGAAAGGAAUUCAGAUGUACGAGUCCGAUGGAUCUAUUAUGGUGUACUGGCAUGCACUCGACACUCCAGAGACUCCGACAGCUCAAGCAGUCUUUGCACGAGGGAUUGCUGCAGUGAGGGAUAAAUACAUAUGUGUAGGGGUAUCUUCUGGUUCAGUGCUGGUAUUUGAUGUUCCUAGUAAGGGAAGCAACAUCACACUGUCUGAGGUGCUGGAGGAACAUACAGAGCCAAUCACAGACAUGGCUUCAGAGUGCUCUGGGAGUAUGGAGUGUAUAGCUGAUUUGGUGAGCGCUGAUGACUCCGGUACUCUGUGUGUAUGGAAGUCUGGAGGUGACUUCCAGCUCCUCAACAAGAUCCCAGGAUUUGACACGAGCUGCUCAUCGGUGAAGCUGUGGAAAGGCACAGUGAUCGCUGGCUACGGCACAGGACAGAUCCGUCUUUACGAAGGGGUCACUGGGAUACUGCAUGCUGAGGUCAAUGCCCAUGCCCGCUGGAUCUACUCACUGGACAUCGCUCCCUUCACUGGACUGCUAUUGUCUGCUGCUGAGGACUCCCUGGUUCGAGUUUGGCAUUUAACUAUCAGUCCAGAAACCAACAAUGUUGAGAUCGAGCACCUGUAUAACGAGUGUGUGACGGACUCUCAGAUCUGCGGAGCUAAGUUCUGUGAUGGUGAUGGCUAUGCUUUUGCGGUCACAGGCUACGACUUGAGUGAGAUCAUCCGCUACACGCAGGCUUAGGAUGGAGUUUUACUUAAGAACAACAUUACUUUAAGGUCAAUGUGUGUGUGUGUAUGUGAUGAUAGGGCUUUUAGUUUGGGGUGUGUGUUUGGAUUGCAGUAAAUGUGCAGAGAGCACGUCUAUCAGCAGUACUGUAAUGUGUUGUGUGUACAAGGAGGAUUGUGAAUUAUCAUCAUUAUCAUGUUUCUACUACCAUUCAAAUAAGUUGGCCAAAUUUGUUUGCUUAAAAGAGUUUUAAGGAUUCUUUUCUGAUAUAAAUUUUGGUAAUUCCUGUAAUAAUGUAUACCCAGUACCCAGUACCCAGUAGUAUGUUAAAUGCUCUUACAAGUUGAGAAAUGCAAUGUCCUAUAAACGGUGCUGUGAAAAAGUAUUUGCCCCUUUCUUUUGUUUAUGCUUUUGAACAUAUUACAUUUUUCAGAUUAAUAAACAUUUAAAAUCAGACAAAUAAUUAAACUAUUGUCUCAUCAGUCCACAGAAUAUUUUCCCCAAAGUUCUGGUGAUCAUCGAGAUGAUUUCUGGCAAAUGUAAGAUGGGCUGUUUGUGUUUUUUGGUCAGCAGUAUUUUUUCCUAUGGAUGCUAUUUUUGCCCAGGCUCUUUUUUUAUCAUUGAAUCAUUAACACAGACCUUAACUGAGGCAAGUGAGCUCUGUAGUUCUUUACAUGUUGUUCUGGGUUCUUUUACUACCUCUUGGAUGAGUUGUUCAUGCCCUUUUGGAGUAAUUUAGUUAAGCCGGCCACUCCUGGUUACCUGGAUUACCAGUGUUCCAUGUUAUCUCCAUUUGUGAAUAAGAGCUCUUGAUUGUACAGUUUAUCUUUGUCUCAUAUUAAAGUUUGUUUGAUAAUCCUAAAAUGUAAGUAUACCAAAAACAAAACAAAAGCAGUCAGCAAGGGGCAUAUGCUUUUUCACAGCACUGUAUCUGCCACCCAACAUCAGGGUCUGCUCACAUGGUAACACUUCACUUAUACAGGUGUGGGCAUUCCCAAGCCAUCCCCUGAAGUUACAUGACACAUGGCAUGCCAGUGUAUGUGUUGCUUUUAUAAAAUAAUAAUCAAUAUUAUUAGCUUGAGCUGGUCAUAAGAUUUUGGUUUGUGUGUGUAUGUGUUCUUUUUUAUGUCUAAAGCAUACAGUAUUAGGUACUUUUUUGAUUUACUUUGUUAUAAUAGACAGUUAUACAUAUUUUCAUACAAUAUUAUGAGGCUAAAGUUGACUUUGUAUCAGCGUGAAUGUAUUUAUUUAAUAUGAAUGUAACUGUGUCGGAGUGCAACAGUCUAUUUUUCCUUAAUCAGUUUCAUUGUCUUACGUUAUGCAGCACUUCUGGUGCUGUAUGAUAUUAGUUAUAUUAGUUACAACACUAUAUAGUGUUAUAUAUUUUCAGAAGCCAAUGUAUUGUAGAAUAAGUCAAUAAAUAAAAGUCAAUAAACAUUCAUCCUGA